UUGUUUCGACCGCUUUGACAUUUUCACAUGGUCGUACAAUAUUCGUCGAUCGUUCAGGAGUUGAAAAUGUUAAAAAAGAAGUUUUUUUUAUUUAUGUAAUAAAACAAAAAAAAGUACGAAUAUAAUUAACUAUUCCAUCUUGAAGGAUUUGUAAAACUGUCGGCUUUCAACGCUAACUUUCACUAAUCACUAUAUUGGCGCUAAUUUUAAAAAAUCUAGAGCGUAGAUUACUCGACACGAUAGUGAUAAGAUAAAACAUUCUCUGGUAUAGAUAACUCAUUGAACACCUCAUUUUCGACAUGAAUUUACAUUUGUUUCUGUUUAUCGUGUAAAACAUGGAAACACAAGCCAACGCAAACGUUAACAGAACGGAAAGGGGCGAUCGGGUUGAAGAUCUGCAUUUAGACAGAAUUGUCGCGUCUCAACCUGAGAUUGGGCCGACACCCCCCGACGGUGGAUAUGGCUGGCUCAUUGUCUUUUCCGCAGCAGUGUAUCAUGUAACUGUACCUACUCUUUUAAGUUUAUACGGAUUCAUCAUUUUGAAAGCAAUCAGGGAAGAAGACCACGAGGAAGGGGAAUUAAUGAAAAUCUGGGACGUGGACAUAGCCUUGGUGCCUGUGAUUAUGGUCAUAAUAAGACUUCUGUUAGAAUCUUGGUGUAGGGCUAUGGUUAAGAUUUUUAAUAUGCCGAGGGUGAUCGCUCUUUCUGGACUUUGUUUGACCGUGGCCGGCGUGUUACUGUCUAGUUACUCAACAAACGCGGAAAGUAAUGACCAUAUUGUAAAUAUUUUUUCAGGUAUUUUUGCAGGUAUGGGUUGCGCUCUGACCGGCCAGCAGACAGAUAUAAUUAUAACGCACUACUUCAGAGAGAAGUUGAGGACUGCGCAGCGCAUCGUGCUAGUGGCGCCCUUCCUCGGCAGCUGCCUGGUGCCGCUACUGGCGGGACACCUCUGCUCCCUCUACACGGCCGACGUCGUCGUUAUGAUAUAUGGAGCGGUCAUCAUGCAGAACUGUCUCUUCCUGGCCGCCUACUCUCGCCCCAUAUACAUCGAGAAGGUGAUCAGGACCACCUACAACAUGCUACGCGACGCCGCCGAGGACGAGGACGAGGUUAUCUUCUCCAACCAGCGACGGAACGAAACCCGUGCGGCGGCCGCCAGCGGCGUCGCCCCCACCGCGUCCCUGGGCAACACCAACCUCGCACAGGACGACGAUGGCACCGACGUAGUAGUUUUUAAUUCGAGGGAAAACGCAAGAGAAAUUCUAGACCCAUCCGUCGAGCUCCGGGAGAACGGACCUUCGAAGGAACAAAGGUUCUCCUCGGAUUUCAGCGCAAUGUUCGCCGAGGCGGCGGGUUCCGACCGUUUCUCCUCAGAUUUCGGCUCGUUGGACGUGGCUAGCUAUAGCCGCAUCAGUGGCUAUCGGGAGCUGAGGAGCAUGGAGAGCGAGACGCAGCAGCCUCAGCCGCUGUACCGCGAGACCACGGUGGACGCGCCGCAGGCCGGUCUAGUGUUCGCGGCGGAGGUAACGCCGGGCACCGCCAGGAGGACGGCCUCUCUCAAGAAGAAUUUCAUAGCGAUAAAGAAGAUGCUGGUGGACAUAAACUUCUACCUGCACGCGUUGCUGCACCUCUGCACCACAUUCUCCGUCCUGGUGCUGGGCGUGGUGCUGCCGCCGUUCGUGUGGGAGCUGAAUCCUUCCAUGAACAUCUGGUCGGUGUCUCAGGUGGUCGGUCUGGGGCACGGUGCGGCGCUGUGCCUGGCCGCGCCCUGCCUGCUGCUGCCCGCCGCGCUGCGACACCGGGCGCGACUGUGCGCCGCGCUCUGCGCGUGCGGCGCCCUCGGCUUCUACGGUAUGUCGGCGGGCGGCGGCGGCGGGUGGAUGGUGGCGUGGUGCGCGCUGGGGGCGCUGGGUCCGGGCGCGGCGACGGCGACGGCGGCGGAGGUGGUGUCGGGGGGGGCGCUGGGCGCGUGGGCGCUGCUGCACAACUACGAGUACCGCACGUGCCUGCUGUCGGCGGCGGUGUUGCAGACCGCCAGCGCCGCCGCCUUCCUCCUCGCCUCCUUCCUCGCACGCGCGCACUAGCUGCGUGUUCACCUCGAGCACGUCAUUGUGCACGUUUGUGUUGUGUACCGAUUGUUAACUUAAAAAUAAUAUGAGCAACGGCGGCAGAGUGUUACAGGAUGAGCGUUUCCGCUACCAGGAUAUUUUGAGGAAAGGAGCCGAGCUGACAAGUCGCGAGACGUACGUUAUAGUUGACAACAAUUGAAGGCUUCUCUUUUUUUCAGAAAUAAAGCAGAUAUUUAAAAUGUAGUUUGUAUGAAAGAAUAUGUACACGUGAGGAAAUAUCAUCGUCAACAUUAGUUGUGUUACAAAUGAGACGUAUAAAUAAAACAAACGCAGGUUUUAUGAUAUUUUCUAUUUUCUAUAAUAUAAUAAGAGAUCAUUACAUUUACAAUUAGAAUACAAUGAAUAUUUAUAUAACAGUGUAGUUGUGUUGUGCACUCGGCGCACUCGGCGCACUCGGCGCACUCGGCGCACUCGG